AUUAACUGACAACCCGUUUCCCCGCCACCUUUCACCAGCUCUUUCUUCUUCCCUCACCUUCCUUCCUUCCUUCCUCUCUACUCUGCCUGCUUUUCCUCCCUUUCUUCUUCCUAGCUAAACAUAAGCAAGUAUCGAUAGUCAUCUUAUUGACCAGCUUAUAACUCUCAGCUCUCUUUCAUCUAUCUUCUCUCUUUUCUAUUCAGCAGGUUCGGUCACGACUGAGAACCCACUGAAAACCCCACUUCCAGCAGGUGUCUGCCUGGCCUCUACCGUGAGGUCAAUUUUAAUGAUGUUGGGCAAACAGCGGGUCACACUCGCAUCGAUGUGGGCGUUUGAAGACGUUGGCGUUCAAGAGGUUACGGACGCAAUCAAGAAAUCCAACCCUCACAUCGAUCUUGAAUGUCACUAUCAUAGCUCUGAUAACGUCCUUGAGGUAGCUGGUAACCUAGAAGGAUGUCCGUCACAGAUUGCGAACACUGUUUCAGGGUUCAUCGACAGUCAGAGGAAUAAGGAUCUACUGGAUAUGCCCCGAAUCAACCAGCUAGAUCACUCUCCCAAGAUUCAGGAUGACGAAAAGCCUGGUUCAGACCAAGGCGAUGAUGGUGGUCUCUUGGCUUUGGGGGACACCUCAGAUGAGGACCUGGUCCCCAAUCCGGUUGUGGUCACCAAGUUCUGGGUAUCGCCCACCGGGGGGGCUGGUUGCUUCUCGGAGAACCGUUUCCAUGAGUUUGUCGCACAGGUGGCGGAUUUGACUGGGACUGCUAUUACUCUUGUUGAGGAAUGCAAGGUUCAAGUGACUGGGAAGUCAUCCGAGGACGUUGAGGAUGCGUUGGUGAAGCUCUCUCGGAUUGAAAGACCCUUGAGCUUCAUUGUCAGUCCGCAUGUGGCGAACAUCAACGCUACUCCGGGUGACGACCGCAUCCGUCUCCGACUGCAGGGCUACAGCAGCCUUAACUGCGUAGCUCUUGGCCGAAUUCUGGCCGAUCCGAGCUCGACUUUGAGCUCGGACUUCGGUCAGAUGUUCGUCACUGUCCUGCUUUCCUUUGACGAAGAGGCCCAGUCUUUCAAAGCACCCAAAAAUCUUCUAAACCCUCCACAUGUGACCGAGGGGCCCGGGAGAUCUCGUAUCUGGAAUGGCUUCACCUUCCAAGGGAUUGGGAAAGGCGAUGAGUAUAUUGCCAUGGAUAAAUCCGACGAGCGUGCUACAGGAAAAUCCCAACCCAUAGCUUCCAGUCUCUCGGCUCCUCAUCCUUACUUGACCGCUGAAAAAGCAAAACAAGUGAACCAGUGGGUUGUUGAGGGCGUCGAACCGGAACAAACUAUCUCUGCACCUGAGGCGGAGUCCAAACCCCUUCCACAACUUGACUCUGCACCUACUCAAACCCCCGAUCUAGCCCCACCUCCUAAGAGGCCGCCUGGUAUCAAAGGUCGCCGGCCCAUGCCAUCAGACAAGGACCAACCAAUGACAACCCGCGAGCGAGAAGAGGCCAAAUCUGAACCGGAGAUGACUCAAGCGCCGGCGCCCAAAGAUAAAACCCCUGAACGGGCGAUAGCUCAAGCACCUGAAAUUGAAGAGGACGCCCCGAAACCUCGUCGGAAGUGGAGGAUGAUCUACAAUGCCGAGGCUAGCACCACAGGCCAACAGGCAGCAGACCCGGUUGCUGAGGCACCUGCAUCACAGAGCUUAUCGAGCCCAUUGAAGGGCGCGCCUAAUAGUUCUCAUCCCAUGGUAUCUGAAGAGAAGGCGUGCCUACCUCCAACCUUCGACACCUCCAAGUAUCGUCUCAACAGCAGUGUCCCUCAGACUACGAAGGGCACAUGGGGCAACUCCCAAGGCUGGCGAACAAAUCCAAAGCCAGUAUGGACACCCGAAAAGAAGCAUAGCAAACGAAAGGCACUCGUUGAAGUACUUGAGCCGAGAACAACCGGAAGCACCAGCACUCAUCACGUGCUUUCUUUCCAUCGUCCUGCUUUAGUUCCAACGAACCCAAUCUCUAACAGCAUUGAAGUCUCGCCACACCCGACAGAUGACUCGGUUGUCCAUGGCAUCAGUAACAAUUCUCUGGAUCUCGCCGGUCUAACCUUCGAAGACCCCAUCAUUCCAUUGGAGCUUAGUAGUUCGGUAUCUGUUCGAGGAGCGACUUCGUCCAGCAAUGACAGAGCGUCUUUUCCUGGUGAUGGCGGGGAUACUUCGCCCGGCAAUGACAAAGUGGCUUCUUCCGGCGACGGCAGCGACUCUUCGCCCAGCAGCGACAGAGAGCUUUCUUCUGAGAAUGACAGAGUGGUAGCUUCCGAUAAUGGCAAGGAAACCUCGCUUAGCAAUGGCAGAACGGCCUUUCCCAGUAAUGACAGGGUCAUUGCUCUUCACAACAACAGGAAUAUGUCUUCGGGUAAUGCAGGAGCGAUGUCAACCAGCAGUGCGAGCAUCCCUGAGCAGACAGAAAGACUAGCUUCUUUGAGCAAAGUCUUCAAGGAGAGUGACGACGAUGGUAGACCCCUGGUUGUGGCAGGGGCUUACAGUACUGCACCAGGGCUGCGACAGACACAGGGAACCCUGGCUCGAGAUAAAGCCAUGGCGCUUGAGAGGGCCCACAGAACGGAUAGACGCUCCGGGAAUGAAGUUGUGACUCGGAACUUUCACCGCACUAUGGCUCAAAAGGCUCCCAGGCCAAGUAACCAAGUGCAAAGCAAGGCAGUGAACAAGGCCAAGAAACAGGCGACGCUUGAAGAUGCCUGGGGAUGGGGAAUACACAAGAAGAAGCCUGAGAAGAAGCAACCUGCCGAGGCUUCAGGAACUCAACCCUGUCCUGAUCCCAAAGAGGACAAGCAAGCCACACCUAUGGGUCAAGUCCAAACGAAACAGAAGUCUCAGAUAGGCAAGGGCCUGGACAAUGUCAUGAAUAAUCGCUUGGAUGAGGACAUCAAGAACCUUUAUGAAGCCUUCCGACCCACCCUAGAAGCUGCUGAAUCCUUUCCAGGAUCAAUGUCAUUGGAAGUGCAGAUCGGGUUGCUCUUGAUGCCAACCAUCCCACAAAUAUGCAGCGAGCGCUUAAUUUCUCCGAACGAAUGGGUUAAGAUCUUCCAGCCACGAAAUGGCUUGGCCGCACCUACAACCAAGUUUAUUAGCAGACUGACAACAUCUGGUGCCGAUGUUGACCAUCUCGUCAACCUGAAGACCUCCAAAGCAGAAGGCAAACGCCCCCUGUUCGAGCAAGAAUACGACGAAUACAAUGUGUCAUAUGAAUAUCAUUGCCGAACGAAGACUGGUCAGUUGCUUGUCAUUGUCAUCGACGAGCAGGGGAAUCAUACAGUCAGGCACCCAAUAUCACCACUUGGGAGUGUGAACUUGCAUUUCCCGGGACAGAUAUGGGAUGCAAUGGUGGCCAUAAAUUGUAUCACUGAACAUCAACCUGGUGCCAGUCCGGAAUUUGAAGAAGCCGCCCAACAUAUGGUUGACCACCUCUGGAUACCUGAAGACAGACCCCUGCUGUGCAUCUUCACCCAGUUUUCGGACGGAAACAAAGUGACUGUCGAAAAGGUGUUCUUGAAACGCUGGACUAGACAUAGAUUCAUUCGCUCCAAUGAGGCUUCCCUCGAUAGCAUCCAUUGCCCAAAUAAGAGCACUUCCGAUGUGAGAUCACCGGCCAAAGCUGUCCAAGGAGCGAAUGCGUCCGCGUCGGCCCGUUUGGAUGAGACCAACCACAAGGUCCAAGGUAGCUCUACUAGCGAGAACCAAACCAACGAGGACCUAUAUUUGCAGAUUUUGGAAGUGCAGGAUCUGGUAAUAGGGACCACCUCAGACGAACAAGCCGUCCGUGCCCGUGCGCUGCAACCACACGAGAUGAUCAGACGGGGGCGGCUCUGGUACGAAGCGUCGCUUAUGAGCCCUGCUAUCGAAUCGAUCUUGAAAAGCAACACUAAUCUCGAAAUCGGCGAACGUACGGACGACUGGUGCAGGGUUGACCUGUUUGGGAGGGACGCCGCUAUUAUAGGUGACAAACAAAAGUCCUUGGCAUCAGAUACACCAACCGGGCCUGUCGCCACGGCUAUUGGGUGUGGUGGGCUUGGGGACCUCCUUCGUCUCGCCAGAGUAGUCGUUGGGAAAGCUGAUGGGAUUGGGUACUGGAACGAGGGGCCUGGCGCCGUCGUGGCCGAAGGAGCUCUCGUAGCGCAGCCUGCCCCCGCUUCGAAGGGCCUCGACUUCGAUGAGCUCGAGAGCGUCAAGGAGAUAGGUAGCGCUGGUCCACAUAACGAUAUGACAGGCUUAGUGGCCCUGGGACAGCUUGAGAGUGAAUUUUGGUGAUGUUUCACAAUUGCGGUGCCGCCCAUUGUGUUAUGUGCUUUCCGCAAAUUGCCAGUCAAUAAUCAGGUUUGCUGUAACCUCGGUUUUUCUUCUCUUACUUUAUCUACAAUCUCAAGUUGUUCAUAAAAUGCGACCAUUGUCUCUUUCUAUGUUGCAAAUAAUCAU